UCGAAUGUCCAGGCCGCGAGCGUUGAUUGGCUGGCGUGGGUCAUGUGACGCGGAGUGAGACGCGUGACGCAAUCAAACAUGGCCGUGCACUGUUGACAUCUGCAACUUCCCGUUUUUAAUUCAAUCCAUCAGAAAUUGUUGGGUUUGGGAGGACGGACGCCCGCUGCUGUCGGAUCCUGCCCCCGGCGCUGUGGCCGCCCCGUCCGGCGAGCUGCCGCUCACUUCGCACCGAUUCACGGCCCGCUUCUCUCUCUGUUUGAAUGAGCAGCUAUGGAGUUGCUAUGGAAACUCUGUUAAUCAAAUUCCCCUACACACACGGCUUCCAUCCUUGACGAACGGUUUGUGGAGGGGCUGACGGAGACCCCACAGCUGCUCAGAUGAAGAAAGCAGAGGUGCAGAGGGUGCCCCCUGGUGGAGGGGCCAGCAGGACCCCAUCCCCCGCCCGCGGCCCCCGCACCCUGGCCCCCCAGCCCGGGCCAGGGAGCAGCCUGCAGUUGAGUGUGACUGAGGACAGUGAAGACGGAGCGGACAGAGAAGCGGACGGUGUGCACGGCGAUGACGAUGAAAGGAAAAGUCCAGGGGUCCGCUACAUCACAGAGGACCUGAUAAAGAAGCUGACUAAACAGGACAACCUGGCCUUUGUACGGUCCCUCAACCUGUCACUGGCAAAGAGCGGUGGCAAGAAAUUCAAGUUCAUUGAGAACCUGGAGAAGUGUGAGCGGCUGCAGGUGCUCAACCUCAGCCACAACCUCAUCGAGAAAAUGGAGAAGCUGGAUAAACUCCACCGGCUGCGGGAGCUGCACCUGUCCCACAACCGAAUCUGGAAAAUCGAGGGCGUGGAGCACAUGGGGAGCCUCCAGCACCUGAACCUCUCCGGCAACAGCAUUGAGCACCUGCCUCUGUGGCUGGCCAAGAAGCUGCGCUCUCUGCAGACUCUGAACCUGCAGCGCAACAAUAUCUGCUCGCUGCACGAGCUUGCCAAGCUGAAGCCGCUGAAGAACCUGACGGAGCUGUCAGUGGCGGAGAACCCCGUGUCCAACCUGCCGCACUGCCGCCUCUUCCUGGUCUUCCACCUGAGGGCACUAGAGAGGCUGGACGGCCAGGCCGUCAGCGAAGAGGAACGAGAGAUGGCCAAGCAGCGCUUUCAGAUGGAGGAGGUGGAGCGUCUGGAGCAGGAGCUGGAGACUCGCCUGGCGGAGAUGGAGAGACUGCGGGAGGAGCAGGCCGUCGCAGCGGAGGAGCUGGGCCAGCAGGGGGCGCUAAACCACAGGCUGCAGCAGCAGUGCCAGGAGCAGCAGCAGAGCCAGGCUGUGCUGGAGAGGGAGCUGCAGACCAAGAACGAGCUGCUGAAGCAGAAGACAGUGGAGCUGACGCGGGCGUGUCAGAAGCAGUACGACCUGGAGCAGGAGCUGGCCUUCCACAAGAUCGACGCCAAGUUUGAGCCUCUACCCUACUGCCCUGAUCACGAGGAGUCUGAGCUGGCGGCCCCGCCCGGAGAGAGCCCCUACAUCGGCAAGGCCCGCCACAGGAGGAACCGCUUCACCCCGCAGGGUGUGGAGGAGGACCAGGAUGCGCGGGACGGGGGCUCGCCCGCCCUCCCGGACCACAGCCACGCACAGGCAGCAGUUUGUGCAGCAGAGGCGCGUCUGCAGCGGCUUCAGCGGGAGAUCGAGAACGCGGAGCAGCAGAUCCUCAGGGCGACUGCAGAACUGCAGCAGCUGGAGGAGGCAGUUUCCCACAGACGGAUCACUGAGGCGGAGAAGGAGCAGCUGAGGCAGCAGCUGCGCAGACGGAUGCAUCUGCUGGACGAGCUGCGCAGGGAUGCGCAGGCGCUAGAGGCGCAGCUGGACAGCAGCAGGGGCCGGAUGAGUCGCGCGCAGGGAGAGCUGCAGCAGCUGCAGAGCCUGCUGGACACACUGGACCCCAGCGACCCGCGACAUGCUCAUGUGAAGGCUCAGCUUGCCAGUAAGACUCAGCAGCUGGACAUGAUGAGCAGGAAGUACCGGGAGCUGGAGGGUCGCCUGGAUGACAUGCUUACCCGUAUCGCCAAGGAAACGGAAGAGAUCAAAGAGCUGGAGCAGCAGCUGACUGAGGGACAAAUCGCAGCCAAUGAGGCCCUGAAACGGGACCUGGAGGACGUCAUUGCGGGGCUGCAGGAGUACCUGCAGGAGGUGAAAGGUCAGGCGCGGCGCGCACAGGCCGAGUGCCAGCAGCUGCAGCGGGACAGAGAUGCUCUGCAGCGCCGCCUGCAGGCCAGCGAGGAGCAGCGCAGCCAGCUGGAGAUGGUGGCCGUUGACGCGGAGGCUGUGCGGGAGGAGGUUGUGCGGCUGCAGCAGGCUGUGGACAGGCUGCAGGGGGAGAAUGCGGAGCUGCGGCAGGCGCGGGGGCAGAUCAGUGCCUACGAGGCGGAGCUGGAGGCCCAGCUGCAGCGGCGUGACACAGAGGCCGGCCAGCUGCAGGAGGAGCUGGGCAGGCUGCGCAGACUCAGCCAGAUGGAGCAGUCUGCCCUGCAGGCUGAGCUGCAGAAGGAGAGGCAGGCCAGGGAGAAUGCGCUGACGCAGGCCCAGCUCACCUGUGAGAAACAGCAGGAGAACCAGCAGCUGCUGGAGAAAGUCCACACUCUGCAGGAGGAGAGAGACUCCCUGAAGGAGCAGCUGAAGGGCCUGCAGGAGGUGCUGCAGCAGGCCCGGGACAGCCUGCUCAGCCCACAGGAGGUGGCCCAGCGUCUGGAGGAGCUGAGGAGGAGAAUCACCUCAGGGACAGAGGAGCUCCGGUGCAGUGGUGAGGGGGAUGUUGUGGGCCGCAGUCUGGUGCAGCUGCAGCGGGAGGUGCAGCAGAUGCUGGCGGCUGCGCAGGCGCAGAGGGAGGAGGCGCAGAGCACGCAGGAACGCCUCACGCAGGAAACCGCCGCCCUGAGGGAGCAGCUACGGCACGCCCAGGACAGGCAGGGGGCAGCAGAGAGGCGGGAGGCGGAGGCGGGGCUGCGCAGGCUGAGGGCGGAGCUGCAGGAGGCGCAGGAGGUGCAGGGUGUGAUGGAGCAGCGGCUGCAGGAGGCGGAGGAGGAGAGAGAGCGCCUCCUAACAGAGCUGGAGCGCCAGCACCAGCAGGGGCAGGAGGACUCCCAGGCGCAGCAGCAGCUGACGUCUCUGCAGGCGGAGCUGCGGGAGCUGAAAGGCUCCAUGGCGGCUGCAGACAGGAUGGCCGCCCAGCAGCUGAGCGCCGCCAAAGACCAGCUGCGCUCCCUGCACGGCACAGUGCGCAAAAUCAACCAGGAGAGGGCGGAAGAUGCGGAGCGGCUGGAGAGCUUCAGGCUGCAGGCGGUGAGUGCAGCACAGGACCUGGCGCGGGCGGAGGCUGAAAUACACCUGCUGCAGAGAGUCCUACAGGAGACACAGCUGCAGGAUAUGGACAGCAGUGGGCAGCAGGGUGAUCUGGGUUCUGGUGGUCAGCAGCAGGAGUUGGAUCGUCUGAGCCGGGUCCUGGGCAGACAGCAGGCCCAGACCAAGAGGCUGUGGGAGCAGCUGGCCCAGGCCAGGGAAGAUAACCGCGGCCACCUGGCGGAGCUGGUGGAGGAGAUUGGGGCUCUGAGGGACAGCCUGGCCCAGCAGAGCAACUUCGUUUCCAACCUGGCUGACCCCCACCGGAGCAGGGGCUACUGGUACUACGUCCCGUCGCCCCAAAACCCCCCCAGCGUGGGGUCCCAGGGCACACGGGACUCUGGCCUGGGCUCGCACUACCCCCCCUCGCCCGACAGGGGGCGGCGCGCUGCCCGAAGAGGCAGGAAGGAGAGAGAGGAGCAGCCAGCGCCCCCUGCUGGAGGCUACUGGAUCUACUCUCCGCUGAGACUGAGGCGGUCAAGGACUCGUAGAGGGGACCCCCGGGACAGCGGGGGUGAGAGUGAGGGGGACAGCAGUGUUUCGGAGCACCCCUUCCCCGCCCCGCCCAGAUCUGCCCUGUACACCCAGCUGCCUGAUGGCUCCGCCCUCCCGCACGGCGCUGUGAUCUACGCCCCGCCCCCUGCCAGCCUGUCUGUCACCCCAGGAAUGGUCAUCUACGGCCCGCCCCCACCUGGGGCCCCGCUGGUGUACGCAGCGCCCCCUGCUGGCCUCUCUGUGCCCCUCCUCCCUGCAGGGGUCCUGCACUGCACUGUGCCCGGCCACCAGGACCUGGAGAAGCAGCUCACGCAGCUGAGGGGGCAGAUGGCCCAGGAGGAGCGUUUACGUGGCGAUCUGCGCCGGCUGCAGGACCAGCGUGCAGAACUGGAGCAGCAGCUGCGAGCUACAAGCCGCCUGCGCAGAUGCAGCAGCAGCUCCCAGAUGGAGGAGGUGCAGGAGUCGCUGCGGCAGCAGGAGGAGGCGCAGGGGGAGGUGCAGUGUUUGGAGACGACACUGCGGCGACGGCGGGCGGAGCUGAGGGAGGCUGACAGACUGCUGCUGGAGGCUGAGAGUGAGCUGAAGGACACCAGGUCAAAGACCAAAGACACCCUGCAGCGCUACAACGAGGCCAAGCAGCGCGUGGCAGACACAGAGAGGGAGCUGGACGAGCUGGAGCGUCGUACUCAGGACAGCGCCACCCAGCUGGUGGAGGCCAACCUGCAGCUCAGAACUCUGCAGCGAGACGUGGAGGAGCUGGGGAGGCGCAGGGUGGAGCAGGAGCAAACCCUGCAGGAGGUGGAGGAGGUGCUGGCGUCCCGGGACUCGGAGUUCCAGAGCCUGAGCAGUAAGGUGCUCACGGCUACAGACAGACUGCAGGCUGUGCUGAGAGAGCUGCAGGAGGCCCAGAGCAGGGAGGCGCGGCACCUGGAAACCCUGAGAGAAGCAGAGAGCAUGCUGGGACAGCGCAGGAGUGAGCUGGAGGCCCUCAGUGCUGAGGUGGCCCAGCAGCAGGAGGAAGUGGCUGCCCUAGACAGGAAGUUAGGUCAGCGCCGUGAGGAGGAGCGCCUCCUGCAGGAGAGUGUGGAGCAGCGCAGGAGGAGCCUUGAGGAGGUGCUGAGACAGGGGGAGGAGGAGGUGCAGGACCUGCAGAGACACAUUAAGGAGUUACGACUGGACCUGCAGGCCCUCAGUGCCCAGAAGGGGGAGCUAGAGUCACAGCUGAGCGAGAGGAGGGCCCGGGCGUGUCUGCUGAAGCAGGAGGUGGAGCAAGAGGAGGGCGUCCUGCAGAGCACCCUGGCCCAAAUCAGCAAGAAUAAAGCAGAGCUUCAGCGUGUGCUGGAGAUGGUUCAGCUGGAGAACACUGACCUGCAGGAGCUGAAGCUGCAGCACAGCCAACGUCUGGACCAGCUGGAACAGACCCGGGAGACCCUGCUGCAGGUGCGGGGGGAGCUGGAGGAGCUGCAGGAGUCUGCGCAGCGGCAGAGAGCAGAGAGGGAGAGGCAGCAGGGGCAGCUGCAGCAGGAGCGGGCGGAGCUCCAGGCCCUGAGGCAGGAGACGCUGGCUGUCCGUCAGGGAGCAGAGUCACUGGCCCGCAAACGCCACGCCCUGGAGGAGCAGUGUCGGAACCUGGAGGCCCGACGGGGCCACGCCCAGAGGUGUUUGGCAACAGCGGAGGAAGCAGCCCGUGCAGCGGAGGUGGAGCUUAGCAUGCUGGAGGCGGAGCUUAUGCAGAUGAAGCAGGAGAGGAGGCAGGGUCACAGUCAGAGGCAGGAAGUGACCCGGGAUGUAGCUGCUGCUCAGAGGCUGCUGGAAGAUAAGCAGGCGGAGCUGUGCGGGGUGCGGGAGGAGCUGGAAAGAGUGAAGGAGGAGGUCAGAGCGGCCACUAGGACGUGCGAUGAGCUGCAGGCGGAGCAGCGCAGAGCGGAGGAGGACCUGCGGAAGGGGGCGGAGCGUCUACAGAAGAACCAGCAUCGGGGGGAGGAGCUGGAGGCGGAGUUGAGCGAGAGACAGGCUCAGCUCCAGCAGCAGGAGAAGGCCCUGCAGGUGCUGCAGCAGGAAGCCGUGGAGACGCAGGAGCUGCAGGAGCAGAGGCGGCAGAAGCUGCAGGCCCAGCUGCGGACUCUAGAGCGCGCCCUGGUGGAGCAGCAGGAGCAGCUACAGAAAGUGACAGAAGGCCAGGCGCAGCUGGAGGAGGUGCAGCGUCUGCAGGAGGCGCUACUGUCAGAGAGGAGGAGGCAGGCAGCUCUGAGGGCGAGAGGGCAGGCGGAGCGGCAGGAGAGCCAGCAGACUUGCUCGCAGCUGCAGAGGGAGCUCUUGGUGGCGGAGCAGGCGGCACGGGAGAGUCAGCAGCGAGCUUCAGGCCUGCAGGACGAGCUCAACAGCGUGUCCCACGAGCUGCUGCGCCUCAAAGACAAGCUGCGCAGUCAGGAGGAAGGAGAGGCUCGGCGGCGGGAGAUCAGAGAGGCCAUGCGCUGCCUGAGGUCAGAGGUCAGAGCAGAGAUGAACUCUGGGAUGAGAGAGCUGCAGCUGGCCCCUGCAGACGGCUGUGAUGGCGACAGCCAUAAGGAGAAUCGGCCCCUGUUCCCCCCGCCAGCGGGGAGAGCUGCCCUCAGCGCCAAGGAUGAGCAGUGGAGAGGGGAGGCUAUGAGGGAGAGGCUGCGCCAGCAGGAGGACCAUCUGAAGGCACAGCUGCGCAGACGCAUGUGGUCGCAGGAGGAGGCCCUGAGCCAGCGCAGGCAGCAGACCGAAGGCAACCUGCAGGGGCUGCGCAGACGGGUGGACAAGCUGGACAAACUCCUGAGCAGCUCCACAGACUCCCUGUCCUUCAGCCAGAGCGAGCCGCCACUCAAACAUGGCCGGGCGGAGCCGCCCCCCCCCUGCAGUCCGGUGUGCCUGGACCCCACCCUCCCUGAAAAAGACCAAGGGAGCAGCUGGUGAGCUGGACCUGCUGAGCCCCGCCCCCCCAGGAGCCUCUGCGCCCCCCGAAGCAAGGCAGCGCACCUCAGCUCCGCUCUGCGAGGCCGUGGGGAGUUCCU